AAGAACAGAUUUUCCAAGUUUAUAGUUGAGAAUAAUGAACUAAAAAGAGAGAAGGCUGAAUUCUCGGCUAAGGAAGAGGGGUUUAGAGCUAGAAUUGAGAUUAAACAGAAACAAAUUACACCUAUUGAAAACCAUCUCGAUAAAAGGAAUGCGCAGAUCACUGAAUCGAUUCCUAAGGAAUCUGAUAUAACUGAUGACACUACAAAUUCUGAUGAACAUCAAGAAGAGACUAAGUCUCGAGUCUUCAAUUCAUCUUCGACUGCAUUAUCCAUAUGCGUAAAGUCUAAAUCAGAAGGUAAGGAAAUGGAUUUGUAA